GAGGAAGAAAGGAAAAUGUCGAGCUCUCAGUUUGAGAACCCACCAAACCUGAGCUCCACUUGCGGAGCAGGACACGUUGAAGAGCUUGCAGGUCUCAAGACUUACGUCACCGGCCCUUCCGAUUCCAAGCGUGCUGUUCUUCUCAUCGCCGAUGUUUUCGGGUAUGAGGCUCCUAAGCUGAGGAAACUCGCAGAUAAAAUUGCAUCCGCGGGAUUCUUGGUGGUUGUACCUGAUUUCUUUUACGGAGAUCCCAUUAUUGAUUUCACUAGUCCUAAUUUCAAUAGAGAAGCUUGGUUUAAGAAUCAUGGCACGGAUAAAGGGCAUGAAGAUGCCAAGCCAAUGAUUGCUGCUCUUAAGAGCAAAGGUGUGUCCGCCAUUGGGGCUGCAGGAUUUUGUUGGGGAGGAGUGGUGCUGGUGAAAUUAGCAGGCACUGAAGACAUUCAAGCAGCAGUUAUUCUGCACCCCGGUCGUAUGACCGAAGAUCAAAUCAAAGCUGUCAAGAUUCCAACUGCUAUAUUGGGAGCUGAGAUCGACCAUUCUUCCCCGCCGGAACAACUGAAAAAGUUUGGGGAGAUCAUGUCGGGUAAAACUGAAUUUGAGAGCUAUGUGAAGAUAUUCCUAAUUGUUUGCUAA